GUUUUCGUUUUUUUUGUCUUGAUGAAUUAAAGCUUUUUUUUAAUUCUCUCAAUUGUUAGUUAUAUUUUUUAAAAUGAAAAUUAAAACCAAGGAAUCUUCAGCUAGUCUAAAGGAGAAAAGGGAAGAUAUUCCUCAAUGGAAACCUGAACAAGAGGUUCAACUUUUUUAUGCUUUAAAUGGACGGCGACCUGUGGGCAUUAAUAGACAUUUCCAAAUGAUCUUUAUCCUUGAAGAGUAUAAUCGAUUAACCGGUCAACAAGUUACUUCUGAUACAAUUUGGAAAUAUCUUGACACUCUUUAUGAUAUGGAUACUUUGAAUGAAAAUGAAGAUUUACCCUUUGAUAAUGAGAUGAAAGAUUUCACUUUACCGGUAGAAUAUCAAAUUACUCAUCAACAACCCGAAUCACCAAGUAAAUCAACAAAUAUUUCAACACCUCCAUCAUCAACAGUGACCAAUGAAUGAUUUAAUUAAUAGUAAAUUUGUCCUUUCAAAUUAAAUGGAAUCUUUUUUCUCUUCGAUUCUAAAGAAAGAAAAAUAAAACAAGAUCUCAGUAAAAUCAGAAAAACACAAACAACGCACACAAUUAAACAAAGACAAUAACCUAACAGUUAAUCUCUCUAUUCAGAUUAAAUGUAUAAAAAGCCAAUUAAUCCUUAAUUCCAUGUAAAAUUUAAACAUCCAAACAAUAGAAAUAAAUUUUUCUAAAGUUUAAAAUUCAAUUAAAA